GAUUUGUCUCCGUCGGUAUUGGCGAUCCAAAAUUACGUCAAACUGGGAAAACGCCGACCUGCAAAAAAAAAGAGGGCCUGGCUCUUCUUUUAACUGCGCCUUCCCCAACCCUCCUCCACUCCCUUUGCCCGCAGCCUCGAGACCCUUCGAGAUGGCAGAUAGCGGCAAGAUGCUAGAGGCCCCCGUCGCUCAUGCGCGGGUGGCUCCCGUGUCAACACCCGUCCAGUCCAAACAGAAGAAGGUGCAUUACCCAUUCUGGUUUGGAGGCUCGGCGUCAUGCUUCGCCGCGGGUGUGACGCACCCUCUAGAUUUGGUUAAGGUCCGGUUACAAACACGCGCACCGGAUGCUCCCAAGUCGAUGGUCGGCACGUUUGCUCAUAUCUUGAGACAUAAUGGAUUCACUGGAUUAUACAAUGGUCUUUCUGCCGCCCUCCUACGCCAGAUUACCUAUUCCACAACGAGAUUCGGUAUAUACGAAGAGCUCAAAUCCCGCUUCGCCAAACCCUCCCCAGACAACUCCUCCUCUACCUCACCCGGCUUCCUCACCCUGCUCGGCAUUGCCUGUGCCUCGGGCUUGAUUGGCGGCUUCGUCGGCAACCCGGCGGAUGUGCUCAACGUGCGCAUGCAAUCAGACGCGGCGUUGCCCCCUGCCCAGCGCCGUAACUACCGCCAUGCCUUCCACGGUCUGGUACAGAUGACCAAGACCGAAGGCGUCGCCUCGCUCUUCCGCGGUGUAUGGCCGAACUCGACCCGCGCAAUCCUCAUGACUGCCUCGCAAUUGACUUCAUACGAUAUCUUCAAGCGCCUCUGCAUUGAGCAGGUGGGCAUGGGCGAUAAUGUUGGCACUCACUUCACAGCCUCUUUCCUCGCCGGCUUCGUCGCAACUACUGUCUGCAGUCCCGUGGACGUGAUUAAGACCCGCAUUAUGACUGCCUCCCCGGCGGAGAGCCGUGGUCACAGCAUCGCAGGCCUAUUGCGGGAUAUCUGUCGUAAGGAGGGUCUUGCCUGGACCUUCCGCGGUUGGGUUCCUAGCUUCAUUCGCCUGGGUCCUCACACCAUUGCCACCUUCAUCUUCCUUGAGGAACAUAAGAAACUCUAUCGGAAACUGAAGGGCAUCUGAAUUACUCGGGUGUAAGGUUGGCAUUUCUCCCCGUAUCGUUCAUCUAUCAUUUCGUCCCGAUCUUAUUCCCCGUAUAUAUGACUCGAUCCUUCUUUUUCUUUAUGACUUUGGGCGGAGCAAUUUUGAGAUUUUGACAAGCAUCGUUCCUUUGGCUUUUACAUACUUGCAUGCUCUUUGGGAUGUUUCUUUGAAAAAGGUCGGGUUGAUCACUGGCUAACGCCAAUCUGCUGGCUUUGGAUUACCAGCUCAUCUCACCCGAUCCUAUGUACAGGGUGUCGAGGAAGUCGCGUUAUUUUUUCCAUGGAAGAUUGAAAUCAUAUAGACAUAGAUACACCCUGAAUCGCACGCAGAUUAUUUCCGCGAGGAA